AUGUCCACUGCUAAAGAGCACCUCGUGCUCUUAGUCCCUCCCACUGUUGUUGAGACUCUUCUAAUUAUGGCUACCGGCAUCACCACCGAGCGACCAGCCACCAUUUUCCUCUAUGCCCUGGGGGCUAAUUUUGUCUUGAUGGCCAUAUGGAAUAUCUUCAUAUGGCCAUUCUUUCUCAAUCCACUGAGACAUCUUCCUACAGUUCAUGGCCCUUUAAUUGGCGCAAAAGUAUUUCUGCGUCAUCCUCGCGGCAAAAUCGCCGUCGACUGGCUACGAACUAUCCCAAAUGAAGGCCUGAUUCACUUCCGAGAGGCUCUGAACUUCAGCUUCCUUAUCGCGACCAACCACCGCGCCCUAAUGGACGUCUUGCAUACAAACAGCUACGACUUUGUCAAGCCUCCUGGUGCCAGAGCAUUCCUUGCUCGUGGGCUUGGAUAUGGCCUCAUUCUUUCGGAAGGAGACGCUCAUCGUGCACAGCGUAAGGCUGUCACUCCUGCGUUCACGAUCAAAAACAUUCGCAGCAUGUACCCCCUGAUGUGGAGCAAGACUCAGCUCUUCCUUUCGGAGGUGGAGAAGGCGAUCAAGCUUGACCCGGCACCGGGCGAAAAAUCAGGGCAGGCAGGCUUUGUGGAGAUCCAAGGCUGGGCAAAUCGCUUGACCUUGGACAUUAUUGGCCCUGCGGCCAUCGGCCGGGACUUCCAAUCCCUCGAGAACGAAAACGAUCCGGUGUCACAGAACUAUAAUGCCAUUUUGAAGCCAUCUGCUGACCUGUUGCUCCUUUUUGCUGUGUCGCUUGUGCUGCCUCAGUGGCUCGUGAGCAGCAUCCCUUGCAAGGCAAACAUUGUCCUUCCACGAAAGGUCAAAUAUCUGCGAGCGGUAUUCCACGACAUUUUGCGUGAGAAAAGGCAGCAGCUUGCCUUGGAAAAGAAUCAGGACAAAAAUGUUGAAGGCGAUAUUCUCGGCACGAUGAUGCGAGGCGGGGAGUUUACUGACGAUGAGCUGAUUGACCAAAUGCUCACGAUCCUGGCGGCUGGGCACGAGACUACUGCAGGCGCUCUCACCUGGUGCUGCUACCAGUUGAGCAUCCAGCCACACAUCCAAGACAAGCUGCGUCAGGAAAUUCGCGGAACAAUUCCCUCCCUCAACGCCUCCGUCUCCUGGCAAGUCCUCGAAGGAAUGCCCUACCUUAACGGCGUCUGUCAAGAAGUCCUCCGCCUCUACCCGACAGUCCCCAUGACAGGCCGUGAAGCGAUCCGUGAGACAACAAUUGCCGGAAAGAAAAUUCCCAAAGGCACAACUGUCGCGCUCUGCCCGCAGGCCGUCAACCGCAGCUUCGAAUUCUGGGGCGAAAAUGCGGACCAUUUUCUCCCAGAAAGAUGGAUCGAUACAGACCCCGAGACUGGAAAGCAGUCGCCUAACAAACACGGUGGCGCGUCUACGAAUCUCGCCCAGAUUACUUUCCUUCAUGGAUCGCGUGCGUGCAUUGGGAAGGAUUUUGCCAAGGCCGAGUUCAGAUGCGCCGUUGCAGGACUAUUCGGACAGUUCCAGCUUCAGAUGAAGGAUCCGGGACAGAAGAUCACUUUUGGCGGAACCCUUACCAGCCAGCCGAUUGAAGGCAUGCAUCUGAAGUUGACCAAGUUGGAAGGGUGGGAGGUAUAA